CCCCCUGCGUAGCGAGAGGAAAGUCAUGGUUUAUUUGCGGCUGCCUGCCAUUGCCCGCUCCCAAUACUACAACUCGCAAAUCGCCAUAUUGGUAGCUGGCGUUCUGGGGACUUUGCUCCGGAUGCAAGCAGACAUUUUGUGCAUAAUACUACCAAGAAGGACAAUGCACAAUGUCCUCAGAGGCCUCCUUGGAACAUAACUAUGGACAACAGCUGGCAAAACCGUUACCUGUUCAGGGUUUAGAGCGCUCUCUCAAUCUUGCACCACUUCUCACAUAUGUUGAAAACUUACUAACAGAACCAAUUGGUGAAAGUGAUGGAACUGACACAGAUGCAGAGACCGAUAUUCUCAAGCCGUGUUUAAAAGAUGGAGAAGGAAACAAGAUCCUCAAUGGCAUAACAAUCACUAAAGAUGAAAGAAGAGCAGAUAAAACUAGACUCUACAACUUUAGUAGAGUGAAGAAAAGUCGCAAGUGGUUAAAAAAUAUUCUGCUAAGUGACAGCUCAUCUGACGAAGAUGACGACCGAUCAAUCUCACAAGAGGAGUUGCAGUCCAUGCUCAAAUUCCACAAGUUCCAGAAGAAACAUCAGAUGCAUUUCUACCAGGAUACUGGGCUGCACCAGUACCAGUAUUACAGCACAGGGCUUCUUUCCAACUAUGACAAGUACCCUGAACACUUCAAGGCUAUUGCUGGGCCAAGGAAGAAGAUAUCAAGGGAACAGAAGAAAAUGGAAAAGAAAGUUAAAGCCAAACUGAAGAAGCUUAAAAGGGAGAAAGAUCAAGAAAAUGGAGAUUUGGAGAGUCUUGGUGAGAUAGACCCUGCUGUUCUGGAGAUGCUAAUGCAUCAGUCUCGGAUGGCCAAACGGUCAGGCAAGCAGAAGAAACUCACCCCAGAACAAGCUGACAUCAAGAGAAAGAGAAUAUGGAUAGCUAUUGCAAAGAAAGAAAUUCCAAAGGCACAAAAGCAGAAAGCAUCUGCAAGGAAAGAAAUGCUUACGUUGUUGAAGAAGGUGUCAACACAGUGUAUGAAGGAGUGUCGUCGAGCAGCCAUCCAGUCUCAGAAGGUAAUGAAGGAAACGCCAUCACGUGCACGACGAAUCACUAGGGAGAUGUUGCUAUAUUGGAAGAGGUUCGACAAAGUAGAGAAGGAGCACAGGCGGAAGGCUGAAAAGGAGGCUCUGGAACAGAGGAAGAUGGACCUGGAGCUGAGAGAGGCAAGACGACAGCAGCGGAAAUUAAAUUUCCUGAUCACACAAACAGAACUGUAUGCACAUUUUAUGGCACGAAAGUUGAUAGGUGACUCUGAAGCAGCAAAGGAAAAGAUUCUGAGACAGCUGGAUGACAGUGAGAUGAUGAUUAAACAGUGUGAACUAUCAAGUUUGGAUGAUGACUAUGAUAGUGAAGAAAUGAAGAAGAUAGCUCUAACUAAUGCUGAGCAAGCAUUCCAGAUUCAUCAAUCUAAGACCUCUUCAUUUGAUGACAGGUUGAGCAAAACCAAUGGCAAUGAGUUGUUGGGUUCUAGUCUUGCCAACCCUGUCCUGGCCAGUGAAGAAGAGAGGCCACAGCCAAGCAUAUUUCAGGGCACUCUGAAAGGCUACCAACUGAAGGGCAUGAACUGGCUGGCAACCUUGUACAACCAGGGUAUAAACGGCAUCCUGGCUGAUGAGAUGGGACUGGGAAAGACAGUUCAGAGUAUAGCAUUCCUGGCACAUCUGGCAGAGUUUCAGUCAAUAUGGGGGCCCUUCCUCAUCAUAGCUCCUGCCUCAACACUUCACAACUGGCAGCAAGAGUGUGCCAGAUUUGUCUCCAAGUUCAAGGUUGUCCCAUAUUGGGGCAAUGCUCAGGACCGAAGGAUUCUACGCAAGUUCUGGGAUCAGCGGAGUCUUCACACAGAAGAUGCAUCAUUCCAUGUGGUGAUCACCAGCUACCAGCUGGUCAUUCAGGAUGUCAAGUACUUUCAGAGAAUCAAGUGGCAAUAUAUGAUACUAGAUGAAGCUCAGGCCCUGAAAAGUAGCUCAAGUGUUCGAUGGAAGAUUCUGCUUGGAUUCAACUGUCGGAACAGGCUGCUGCUUACAGGGACCCCUAUUCAGAACAGUAUGGCUGAGUUGUGGGCCUUGUUGCAUUUCAUCAUGCCAACAUUGUUUGACUCGCACGAUGAGUUCAAUGAAUGGUUCUCCAAAGACAUUGAGAGUCAUGCAGAGAAACAGUCAGGCAUUGAUGCAGAUCAACUUGGAAGACUCCACAUGAUCCUGAAACCUUUUAUGUUGAGGAGAGUCAAGAAAGAUGUAGAAAAUGAACUGUCAGACAAGAUUGAGGUGUUGGUGUACUGCCCUCUGACAUCACGGCAGAAGUUCCUUUACCAGGCAGUUAAAAACAAGAUUUCCAUCGAGGACCUCAUCAACAGUGCAACGUCCAACACCUCCCAGGCUCAGUCUACCACCAGCAGUCUCAUGAACCUCGUCAUGCAGUUCAGGAAGGUUUGUAAUCAUCCUGACCUGUUUGAAAGGCGAGAACCUAAGUCCCCUUUCUACAUGGCUCUUGAGCCAUAUUUGGUGCCAAAACUUAUCUACCGUGAAGGUAUUCUCGAAAGUGCUCAGCCAAGCAAGGCCAAAGUUUUGUAUAACAUGAUGUACAUAUUUUCAUCAGAACACAUUCAUCAUACACUAUUUCCCCAGUCUCAUUCCAGUUCACAUGUACAUAGUUGUUUCUCAUUUCUCCGCUUCAUCAACAUGUCCCCAGCAGAGCUGACAGCUUACAUGGGAGGGCUGUUGGUCAGGUGGCUAGCUGUUUUCCUGUGGUUGAAAGAGGCUUACAGGAUACACCAUUAUGACAGCUGGAGCCACAAGAAUGGCAGCAAGCAACUCUCGAACCAGCUCCUGCUCCUUCAGCCGUGUGAAGUUACCUCAUUCACCAACUUGGAUGCAAGUCCCAACCUCCGCCAGCUUGUGUUUGCCUCCACCACCUCUAGAAUCACAUCUCAUGAAACACAUGUCCUUCACUACAUCAGCGAGACAGCUAGUCAUCGACAGAUCCGUCUGCGACAUCUGCGUCUAGCUGCUGCCCAGAAGAGGCACCAGCUGAGUCCGCCUCAUUCUCCAACCAAGUCACCGAAACGGAAUCCAGUUUUGGAUGAAAUCUCUCUACCUCUUCAUCCACAUAGACUGAGGCCGGAUAGAGUGUUUAAAUGUCAGCCCACUGGACUUCCAGCCUUCCUCUACAACUGUAUACCUAAGGUGCGCUGCGGAUCUAUUGAGUGGUACACUGUGGACCGCAGUGCAUCAUGGCAGAAGCUGAAGCAGGACCUGUGUGGGACUCUGGAUGCUAAGAGAGCUCUGUUGUACGGCACACCAGAAAGAUACAUGGAUGUACGAUGGCCUGCCAUGACAUUCUUUCCACGUCCGCAUGGUGGGCUUGCAGCUGUACAACCACGCUUGCAGCUGUACAUCCCAGACAAAGAGAGCCUUGUAUCCGAUGCAGGCAAAGUGACAGUGCUUGAUACUCUGCUACAGCGGCUGAAGAGAGAUGGACACAGAGUCCUCAUCUACUCCCAGAUGACCAGAAUGAUUGACUUGCUGGAGGAGUACAUGUGGUACCGUAAGCACACCUACAUGCGUUUGGAUGGAUCAUCAAAGAUCUCAGAGAGGCGUGACAUGGUAGCUGACUUCCAGAAUCGAUCUGACAUCUUUGUUUUCCUUCUGAGUACAAGAGCUGGCGGGCUGGGAAUCAACCUCACUGCUGCUGAUACUGUGAUAUUCUAUGACAGUGACUGGAACCCAACUGUAGAUCAACAGGCUAUGGAUCGAGCCCAUCGUCUGGGUCAGACCAAGCAGGUCACUGUGUACAGGCUCAUCUGUAAAGGGACUAUUGAAGAGAGGAUUCUACAGAGAGCCAAGGAGAAAAGCGAGAUCCAGAGAAUGGUUAUUCAGGGAGGCAAUUUCCGGCCUGACACACUCAAACCCAAGGAGGUUGUGUCCCUGCUCAUUGAUGAUGAUGAGAUGGAAAAGAAAUUACGAUCACGGCAAGAAGAGAGAAGAGGGAGAGACAGUCAGAACAAGGACGACAGGAAACGAAAACGAGAAUACAAGAAACGAGAAGGAAAAAGGUCCAAGUUAGAUGAUUCAAAUCUGACAAUCCCUGCACCAGAUACAGAGUCUGUUGCAAGUGUGGACUCAGUGUCAGUUCCAACUAGUCCACAAAGUGUGAUGUCAGUGGGAAGUGAAGCUCUGUUUGCUGCCACACAUGAAGACAGCAGCAACGAUGGAGGACUGGUCAUAGUUGACGAUGCACACAUAUCAUACCCACCAGUUGCCUCAACACCGACUCCACCAAGCAAGAGGGGGCGUGGCAGGGGCCGGCCCCGGGGAUCUGGUGUCGGUCGGCGGCCCAGGGGGAGAGGCACAAAGAAAGCACUAAGUGCAGCCGAGAUUGCAGGGGCUCAAGCAGGGAUGACUGCAGCCUAUGCAGCGCUGGGGUACAAUGUUUCAAACAUUGGGUCAACUGGUUCUCCUCGAGCAGCUGGGUCUCUGCCAACGUCAGGGAGAAGCACACCCACAGUUUGACAGCCACACCAUAAAAACAGAUGCUUUGCGUAAACAGUCAUUUUUAAUAGGUUUCUCCAUGACAUUGCUGUGGGGUACCUCUGGUUGUUUUAGUCAAGGAAUAAACGGGGAUACUACUUGAAGACACACAAGUCUGUUGGAAGAGGAAAGAUACAAAUUAGUUUAUGUAUAGACCAGUCUGUGCAUUAUGUCCAUCUUGGUCUGAAGAAAAAAGACUUUAUGUUCCAUUUGGCUUCUCAAAUGUACUGUGUGGCCAUUGCUGUGUGUAGUUCAUUGACUUCAAAUAUAGCCUAGGAACGGACUUUAUAGUGGCAGUAGUUGCUAAGGACAGCCAUCAGGACUGGUACCUUUGAAUGAGGAAGAGGUGAUCUUACAGAAUCUGUGUUCAUACACACUGGAACAUUUUAACUAGACAUAUCCUGAACCUAAUCAAUGUCCAUAGCUAGUGUAAAACCCAUCGCAGCUGAUACACUAUAGCCAUGGGCAAAUGAUAUUAAGCUACUUUGGUGAUGUCCAGUGUAAUCUUGUACAUUCAACAGAACUAGUCCUCCAUAGUAAUUGACAGUUGCUGUUGGCCAAUCUGGUAAUGAGCAUUGUUGACAUUUAAAAUCAUUACAGCUGAUCCCUUACAGCAUUUGACAAAUGCUAUUCGUCCAGUCUGGUAUUGACAAUAGUCGAUGAUAAAGGUCAUCAGAACUGGAACCUGUAAAAUAUGCACCAAUAUUAUUGUCAUGUUCAUAGAAGUUUUAAUUCAGCAGUACUGUUACCUUGAAACCAUUUACGUUCUAUCUAGUCCAUCCUAAUAUGGCCAUGAUCUGAGUGUAUGGCCAUCAGGACUAGUUGUAUUUAAGCCAACAACUUUAUGGGUGACAACUUGUUUAUUGCAUAGAGCAACGUUUUGGUGUCGAGUCUUACACUGUUACCAAGCUUAAGGUCAAAUAGGAGUGAAAAAAGUCAUCCAUAAAGGUGUAGCUUCAUUUUUAACCUGCCAACUUCCAGAAUGCCAAUUAAACAUUUUGGCAAGUGUUGGCAACAAAUUGAAAUAAAGGUAUUUGAAGGCCUAUCAUGCAGAUGACUAGUCACAGAAUGGGAUCUGUUAAGACUAUGACUGCUUGUAAGCUUCUGGAGAAAAACAAAUAGAAUCAUGCACACAUCUAUGGGAGGACCAGUGAAUGAAGUGUUUGAUGAUCAUAAUGGAAAAUGAAAGUAUUGCAUAAGCAUGCGAAAGGAGGAUUGUUUCCAAUGAAAUAUUAUUUCUUUCUACUCAAGACAGGAACUGUCCAUUUUCCUAUGCAGAUGUGAAUGAGUUGGUAUCACAAAUAUGAAAUGUAUUUAGAAAAGGACUUGUAUGUCAAUGUGAAAGCAUAUGUUCUUUGUUUCUAUAUGAGUUGAAGAUGUUCGUGGUGGUCAGUGUUGAUUCUACAUUGUAGAACUCUGCAAUCAUGUUGAGAAAACAGCUGCCUUUACUCAUCUUUACCGGUUCAUAAAAAAAUAUGCAAAUUUGUAUGUCCUAAACUAUUGACAGUAUAGUUUCAUGACUUUUUCAAGGUUUUUCAUCUGAUUGUACAUAUAUAGGCUACAAUCAUUGUAGAUAGAAGCUGUUUUCAUAUUAAAUGAAUCAGUGAAAGAACAUUGUGUGCAAGAACAAAGGAACUUUGGUACCAAGAGAAUCUCUUUUGUCCAAGAUAUUGAGAAGUGAAGGUUGUCCAAUAUAUGUGUAAAUGUUUGUGAAGUAUAUCGGAAACUUAAGAAUUAAUGUCAGCUGAAAAAGAAUAGAAUAUAGGCAACAGUGAAAGCGUGCAUACUGACACAUACCUGCAUUGAAUCAAGUGCAAGAUGUCAGUCCAGAUCAUCCAGGAAGACUUGUGGCAUGCUGAGUGUUGCCGUGUCCUGAAUAUAAUUGUGGUACCAGAACUAUGAUAUGUAAUGUGGUGGAGGAGUGUAUUAGUUUUCAGUUCCAGUGCACAUUUCUUGGACUGGGAGAUGAAUGUGUAUUUGUGAUUCAGUCAGUCGUGAGUGAGUAAGUUUAGUUUUACGCCACUUUGAGCAAUAUUCCAGCAAUAUCAAGGCGGGGGACACCAGAAAUGGGUUUCACACAUUGUACCCAUGUCGGAAAUCAAACCCGAGUCUGCGGCUUGAUGGGCAAAUGCUUUAACCACUAGGCUACCCCACCGUCAGGAUCUUGUCCAACAUCACUUGAUCAGGGUGUGUUUUGAAACUCCUAAAAAUGUGUUGGCCAAUGUCUGAAGUGAAGGUCAUGGCAUUGCUCGUUGAUGUUUGCCCUGAUCAUUCCGUAUUGAGAGGAGGUUUUGUGCGACAGUUGUUUUCAGUCAGAUGUGCCGCACCUGUGUGAUAAUUUCUGUGUGAGCAAGUUGUGUGGUCAGUCACAUGUUGUAUUUCCCAGGAGAAAUGACGUGUAAGGUUAUAUCACAUAUGAUCCACAGACUCUUUUAUGAAUAUAGCAGUUAUAUGAGAAUGGUUUUCAUCAAUCUGAUUAUCCUUCACAGAACUUGGCAAAUGUGGAAACAUCUUUUUCAUUAUGGUUUUGAAAUUAAUACUCUGUGAAGAUAAAUUGAAUAUGUUUGACACAUGAACCUAAAAUGUCAAUGGUCAAAACUGAAAAGUAUAUGAAUAUGAUAUGGAUAUGUGGACCAGAGAUGUGGCCUAACAAAGGGUAUUCAUUCUCUCACACAUGGAGAACAUCAAAUAUACCAGUGGACAGUGUUAAAUAAAUAUACUUUGGAAAAUAUGUGAUUUGUGACAGAUUUUCUUCAUGUGUUAAAAUUGUAAGCUUUCCUCUGAGAGAGGCAUAGAUAUCAACAGUUGCCUAUUGGCAUAAUGUUUAGGUUUUUUUAAAUAUGAUAUAUCCUAGUGGGGCUAAUCUUUGGCCAUCUUGCAUUUGAAGGACAUUUGAUUCAUGUCACCCAAGUCUCUGACUUGUAAAUGACACCAGACCAUUGAGUUUUGGCCCUUUAUGAGGACCAGUCGUAUUUCAUGAAAGGGGAGGGGGUGAUAUACUUACGUUAUUUUUAUCUUAAUAUCAAAUGUCCUGUUGAUGUUACAUGUUAAUUUAUGCCCUGUAGUAGAACUUACAUUUAAGAGGUCAUUCCAGAGGUUUUUCUUACAUAAAGAGACUUGGGUUGAGUUAUAGCAAAGCUAUGUGUGACAGUGAAUGAAUUGUAUCAGACUGUAAGAUAAUAUUGUGGAAUGCAAGAUACUGCUAUUAUCAUGACAACUACCUUUACACCUCCUAUUUUCAAUAUUGAUGUAUUCAGCAACAUGAAAUGAUGCGUGUUCAUGUGAUGAUUCGGUUAUUUUAAAAGAGACAAAUGUUAUUUAUGAUUAUGUUGCUUGUUCCUCUGUUAUGUAAAUUCAAUGAUAGGAACUUGCAUGUAUUUGUUACAUUUUUGGUUACAUUACGAAAACUUGGUAUAGUAUCAAGUGGAUAUGUGGUCACACUGUUAACUAAUCAUGAAAUGUUGGCACGAGUUGACUAAGACUGUGUGAUUCUGUGUUCUGCCUGGCUGAGAGUUGUCUUGUUGUGAUCUUCAGGAAGCAUACCCUGGCAUACCAUGCAGAAAGCUGUGACAACAGCUAACCGUUCUCACCCAGGGGUAUCGUGUUGCUGAGCUGUGUGACGACAAGUGUUAACACAGGUUUCAUCAUUGAUCCUUUAGUUGUUAGUCUGUUGGUGAUUGCUGUUACGAAAUAUGUUCUGUGUUUGGAGGUUUGUGACGUCCUCAAAUUCGGCAAAGGUGAAGAAUAGACAGUGCAAAUGAACUCUGCAUUAAGAAACAGCAAUUAAAUCAUAAGUAUUUAAAUGAAAAAGGGUCUUGAUUUUAUAUAUCUGAAACUAAACAUCUUGCUUGAUAAAGCUUCAUGUGCUUGUAUGUAUUUUUUUUAAGUUACCAAUAUCAGCACACAAUGUUGUCAUGUGUUUGAUUCUCUGGACUUUAAACUAAAACAUUAUAUUAUUUUCACUCAUGAAUAUAAACCUGUGGGUUACACGGUGAUAGGUAGGAGUUGUUGAUUCAUAUUAUUUUAUGUCCAAAUGUAAUUUGGCUUUUUUCUUUCAUACAAUAUUCAGUGUCAGUAACAGGUGUAAAUGAUCAACCAUUAGGACUUGAUGUACAAUUUUUGUCAGGAUUAACUGAAGACACAAUCGUACAGCCAUCAAGAUGACUCCACCCAUAACAGUGAGAUGUUAUCUUCAGUCAUAUCUCUUCAUGAUUUGUAGAUAUGAUUAAACUAUUUUUACACUUG